AUGGCGACAGGAGCGAUUACGGCGAAUGAGCCGGCUGCGACUAACGGCGCUCCAGAAAAGCUUCAACAGCCCGCGCCAGCUCCUAGCGCAAAUUAUCCAUGGAACAAGCAACAUGGCGUCUGGAGUCGUCAAUUGGGCUCCAUGGAGAGUUUCUAUCAGAGUCUGGCGUCUCCCGAAGGCUACCCGGUACACUGGAUGAUCGGCUGCAGCGUGACAGUCCAGAACCACGAUAGCAAUAUCAAUAAUGAGGGCUCUCUCCGACAAGCCUGGAAAGCCUUAGCAUGGGACUUCCCUUGCAUUGGCGGCGUUGUGGAUCCUGCGUCGCGGGAGAUUGUGGUUCGCGAAGAUGCCAUCACAAACGAAUGGCUGCAGAAGAGCUUCCGAGUUCAUGACGGAACGACCGCGGAUGAACUCUUCUCUGCCUUCAAGAGCCAGUUUCAUAUCACGCUCCAUUAUAUUCGAGACACGAAUCAGCUUCUGCUCCAAUCACCUCACACUCUCAUCGAUGGGCGCGGCAUGUUGUACCUAUACCACGCCCUCUUCACGACACUGGCAGCUCUGCCGGGCGAUAGCUCUCAAACACGCGAGACGGCUGAAGCGCCGAAUCUUUCCAAGCCGUACGACGACUGGUUGGGAGUUUCAGCUACACCAUCAGCGAAGAACUUUGCUGAUGCGCAGUCUAUUUUCCAACGCGUCUUGCAGCAAGAAAAGCCGAUUCGACUACCUGGUGUCGACUUUACAAACACACCUCAGAGACCAGUUCACAGAGAUCUCGUGGUAGACGAGAAGACAAGUUCUACUAUCAUAAGUGCAUGCAAAGAAAAGGGGGUCAGUGUCACUUCAGCUUGGCAUGCCGCGCUUGCUUUGACGACGCAGAAAAUGCAGUCGGCAGCCGGCGAAGACGGCGCAUCCUACGUCCAGUUCACCACCAUCGACCUCCGUCGUCAUUUCCCUUCCUCUUUUGUCCCACACAAGCACUCCAUAGGGUCUCUCCAGACUGCCCUGCCUCUCGCAGCCGACCUCAACAAGAACAGCACCUUCGAUGCUCUCAGCCAGUCCUUGCACAAGCAGUACAAGACACCUUUCGCCUUUGCCGAUAAUGACUUUGGCUACCUUGGUCCUUACAUGGCCAUGUCCCGGCAGAUUCUUGAAAGCGGCGGUGUGCCGCCCAGCAGUACGCCUUCGCUUUCCAGCAUGGGAGUCGUUGAUGACUAUUUACAGCCCCGAUAUGGAGCGUGGGAGAUUUCGAACUUUUGGGUGAGCUCCACGAUGAUGACUGGUGAUUUUCAGAUGUACCUAUGGACAUUCCGAGAGAAACUCACCUUCAGUGUAUGCUACAACGAGGCGUUUUAUGACGCACAGCAGGUGGAUCGCAUUAUGGAGAGUACCAGGGAUGAACUGAUUCAAGGCCUCACUCAGGCCUAA